AUGUUAAGUCGUUUAGGUUUUAAAAAUUUGAGAAAUGUCAGGCAGAUAGCCACCGCUGCUUUGCAAAAUACAAGGACAUCUGUUCUACCCAAUGGUUUGACCAUCGCCACUGAAUAUAUUCCUGGAACUUCAAGUGCUACAGUUGGUAUAUUCGUUGAUGCAGGUUCUCGUGCUGAGAAUGUGAAGAAUAAUGGUACUGCACAUUUCUUAGAACACCUUGCGUUUAAAGGUACCCAAAGUAGAACUCAAAGAGGAAUAGAACUAGAAAUCGAAAAUAUUGGUUCGCAUUUGAACGCUUAUACAUCUAGAGAGAAUACUGUCUAUUAUGCGAAAUCUAUGAAAGAGGACAUUCCUGAAGCAGUCGAUAUUUUAAGUGAUAUUCUUACAAAAUCUGUUCUGGACCCAAGAGCUAUUGAGAGAGAGAGAGACGUUAUCAUAAGAGAAAGUGAAGAAGUUGGUAAAAUGUACGACGAAGUGGUGUUUGACCAUCUCCAUGAAAUAGCCUUUAAGGAUCAACCCUUGGGAAGAACUAUAUUAGGACCUAUUGAGAAUAUUAAAUCUAUCACGAGAAACGAUUUAAAAAACUAUAUAUCUACGAAUUAUAAAGGUGAUAGAAUGGUUCUAGCUGGUGCGGGUGCUGUCGACCAUGAAGAUUUGGUUAAGCAAGCACAAAAAUAUUUUGGACAUAUUGAAAAAUCUGCAAUUCCAGUACCCCUGGGAUCCCCUCGUGGUGCCUUACCUGUUUUCAACAGAGGUGAGAGAUUUAUUAAGGAAAAUUCAUUACCAACGACUCAUAUAGCCAUUGCAUUAGAGGGUGUCUCUUGGUCAGCACCAGAUUAUUUUAUUGCUCUUGCUACACAGGCUAUAGUAGGGAACUGGGAUAGAGCAGUCGGUGCUGGUACUAACUCACCAUCUCCAUUAGCUGUCGCUGCCUCGAAUAAUGGUGCUUUAGCCAAUUCUUAUAUGUCCUUUUCCACUUCAUACGCAGAUACUGGGUUGUGGGGUAUGUACAUUGUGACUGACUCAAAAGAACAUAAUGCAAAGCUAAUUAUUGACGAAAUAAUGAAGGAAUGGAGGAGAAUCAAAGCUGGAAAUAUCUCCGAUAGUGAGGUAGUAAGAGCUAAAUCCCAAUUAAAGGCGGCAUUGCUACUUUCACUAGAUGGAUCUACAGCUAUCGUAGAGGAUAUGGGUAGACAGAUUGUUACUACUGGUAAAAGAUUAUCACCUGAAGAAGUGUUUGAAAAGGUGGAUAAAAUUACUAAAGACGAUAUUGUCACCUGGGCUAACCAUAUGCUGAAGAAUAAACCUAUUUCAAUUGUCGGCCUAGGUAAUGUGAAAUCUAUUCCAAGCGUCGAUUACUUAGAGAAAAGUUUGAAUAUCCAUUAA